AUGAGUGUCUCGCAGUACACUAGACAUCUUCUCAUUGAUCAGCAUCGAGUUCAUGCGAGAGCGGACUUCUGCAAAAGGGACCCUGAGGGGCUUUCCAGCCCUGGCGAUCAUCUGCUUCGCAGCCAAAAAGAGGUGCUGGUGACAAUUCCACAAUGUUUGGAAAUUCUUCUGCUAUCUCCCCAUCGGCAGGAUUGGGUGAAAAAAAUCAAAUAUGUAAUAUUUGAUGAGGUACACUGCUUGGGAGGAGAAAUUGGCGCAGAAGUCUGGGAGCACCUACUAGUCAUGAUUCGCUGUCCAUUCUUGGCUUUAUCUGCCACAAUUAGUAACCCAGAGCACCUCACCGAGUGGCUUCGAUCGGUCAAAAAAUACUGGCAGCUAAAUAAUGAAAGGGAAUCUAGUCUUGUGACAAAUCCACCACAAAAGGAAAGACAGAAUAAACCGCUAAAACCAGAAAAGAAGUCAUACAGAGUUCGACUAGUCUGUUAUGACAGGAGAUAUAACGACUUGGAGACAAACAUUUGUUCUGUUAAAAAUUCCAAGGUUACAUUUGACCAUUAUCAUCCAUUUGCUGCCUUAACCAUAGAUCAUGUGAAGAACUAUGGAAUUCCAAAAGAUCUUACAUGUUCUCCUCGAGAAUGCAUACAGCUAUAUGACACCAUGGCGAAAGUAUGGCCAACCUCUGCAAAUAUGAAGUCUUUAGAUCCAGAAGAGGAUAUACACCUGAAGGACAAUAUAUUAAUUACCAAAGAUGAUGCAAAAAAAUAUCAAGAGGCCCUUAAGAGUGAAUUAGUUGACUGGAUUGAAAAAGGACAUUGUGCACAGGCUGCAGAGAAAAAGAAACAGACUCCUCAGGAUGAGAAAGAAAUUUCGAAACUACAAGAUAAAGCAGCCAAACUAGAAAAAAGCUUAGAGUCAGGCAUUGACAUGUUCGAUUCAAAACCUCCACAUGGAAUCACAAGGAAUCAGGAGUCUCAGAUCAUCAAACAGGCUAAUUACAAUAGUUUAAUGCAGAAAAUUAAGAAGCUCCAAGAAAUACCCCCAGACUGUACCUAUGCUGAUGAAAAGAGUGUGGAUAACAAGACCUUGGGAUUAUUGUAUAGAAGAAUGAAAUUCUCAAGUCAUGAUAGAUUUAAGACACUUAUAACGCUCUCUAAGAGAGGCAUUGGAUACCACCAUGCAACAGUUGAUGCUAAAGGAAGAAUUUUUGUGGAAAUGCUGUUCAGAAUGGGAUACAUGAAAGUUGUAACUGCUACUGGCUCACUUGCACUGGGAAUCAACAUGCCAUGUAAAUCUGUGGUUUUCCUGCAUGAUUCAGUUUACCUGGAUGCACUAAACUAUAGACAGAUGGCAGGUCGUGCUGGAAGACGAGGACUGGAUCUAGAGGGAAGUGUGUAUUUCUUCAACAUUCCAGUACCAAAAGUGAAAAAACUUAUGAAGUCCAAUGUUCCAGAGCUAAGAGGCCAGUUUCCUCUGAGCAUUUCUCUUGUACUAAGACUCAUGCUUCUGGCAGCCAAAGCAGAUGACAAAGAGGAUGCUAAAGCAAAAGUGUUAUCAGUUUUAAAGCAUUCCCUUAUGACGUUCAAACAUCCAAAUGAAGCACAAAUGUUAAAGCUUUACUGUAUAUUCUCACUGCAGUUCCUGCUAUCCAAGGAAUACCUGAAUCAAGACUGUAAUCCUACAGAAUUUACAGGACUUGUUACCCAUCUACAUUAUCAUGAGCCAUCCAAUUUUCUGUUUGUCACCUUCCUUGAAAAAGGCCUCUUUCAUCAGCUGUGUAAGCCACUACCUGGAGACCCAACAAAAUUUCCAGACUCUGUAAUGAAAACGUUGGUUCUGAUACUGGCAAAUUUAUUUGCAAGAUCAUAUUUACCACCAAGUAGGCGUUCACCUGAGGAUACAUUUCAUCAGUCAAGGAUCCAUCUAGAAGAGCUACCUAAAGACUUUGCUGAUGUUGUUAAGGAAUAUAACAAGGAUGUUGCAACAGUCUUUGGUCACUGCAUUCUUACAGCCUCCAAGCUGGCAGAUAUGGAGAAAGAAUAUCAGCUACCUCUCACACAAAUCGGCUUUUCAGGCAAGGAGUGCAUGGACUCAGGACUGGUGGAUCAUCUGAUGUCAAACUCAGAAGGAAGAAGUGGCAUAUCCCCAUUUGCAUGUCUGUCUGGAAAUACAGAUCAUGACUUGAUGAAAAUGACAAACAUAAGCAGUCUCAUGUUGCAAACAGUUCAAAUACCUACAAAGUAUAUUCCUUUAUUCCAUCUGACGGCAAAAGACAUUUGUGGAAGAAAAACCUUUCUUAACUCCUACGCUUUCGAUUUUUACAAACAUGGAUCCUUAACAGUCCUUCACAAUAACAAUGGGUAUGCACUUGUCCAAAAUGCACUGUAA